CUGCUUUUCCUUUUACAUUUAAACGCAUUCAUGUCUGGGCGCGGCAAACAGGGCGGCAAGGCUCGCGCCAAGGCCAAGACCCGCUCCUCCCGGGCCGGCCUGCAGUUCCCCGUGGGCCGCGUGCACCGGCUGCUCCGCAAGGGCAACUACUCGGAGCGCGUGGGCGCCGGCGCCCCGGUGUACCUGGCGGCCGUGCUGGAGUACCUGACGGCCGAGAUCCUGGAGCUGGCGGGCAACGCGGCCCGCGACAACAAGAAGACGCGCAUCAUCCCGCGCCACCUGCAGCUGGCCAUCCGCAACGACGAGGAGCUCAACAAGCUGCUGGGCGGCGUGACCAUCGCGCAGGGCGGCGUCCUGCCCAACAUCCAGGCCGUGCUGCUGCCCAAGAAGACCGAGAGCCACCACAAAACCAAGGGGAAGUGAAAUUAAAUCGGUCUUCUGAUCUUGUAUAAAAACAAAGGCUCUUUUCAGAGCCAUCCACUUUGUCAUUUAGAAGAGCCGUUUACUGGAUUUUCCAAUGAAAUAUUAACCAUAAUGUAAUCACUGUCACUUGUUUAUCUUAUAAUGUGGGAUUUUCACUAGUAGACCGAAUAAGAUUUUAAUUACCGGUCAUCAUAUGUCAGCAAUCUUAUAAUUAUUUUUUACAUGCUCCCUGAUUGUACACAACUUUAGUAGUUGGCCUUUUUUUUUUCCUCAUUAGGACAAUACUGGAAUUUCGUUAAAGUAUAUUUGUGUUAUGAGUAGUACAUAAGUGGCUUCAUAGUGUUCUACCUUGUCACUCCAACAAAAAAUUGUAGCAAUAGUGAACUUGUUUCUUUUACCCUCUUAUACAAAGUAUACAUUUAAUGGUUUUAGGAAAAAGCUCUCAUUUAUCCACUGUAAAAAGCAUGUUUAAAAUUACACCACCGAUUAUGUUAAUACUGCAAUGAAACAGCUUCCUUCGUGAAAAAGACUCCCUCAAAGUUUAAGUUUUGUCUUUUUACGUGUAUCUUCCAUCUUUCAGUUCAACAAUUGUCUAUAGCGAGGCGCGGUUCAGAAGAAUGGAUGAGGUUUUGGGGGUCACAAUUUUAUAACGUUAGUACAGAAACGCCAUGCGUCCUUCUAAGUAUAGAUUGGAUAGAACUUUGUUUUGUGAACGAUAUAAGAACAAUAUAAGCAUAAAAAGUAUAAAAACAUCAUGGGACAAAAUAUUAAAAUGAAUGGGGAGGGGCCUAGAGAGAUAUUAGCAAAUCUACCAAUAAGGUCGCUGUGGUAAUGUACUGUUUCGUCCAAUGAGAACGAGCCUCUUUCGCUUUAUAUAUAUGUACUCCGUCCACAGUUCACUACCUUCCUCAUUUCCCGAGACUUCUGUUCUUUUCUUACCAUGGCUCGUACUAAGCAAACCGCUCGCAAGUCCACCGGCGGCAAGGCCCCGCGCAAGCAGCUGGCCACCAAGGCCGCCCGCAAGAGCGCUCCGGCCACCGGCGGCGUGAAGAAGCCUCACCGCUACCGCCCCGGCACCGUGGCGCUGCGCGAGAUCCGGCGCUACCAGAAGUCGACCGAGCUGCUGAUCCGCAAGCUGCCGUUCCAGCGCCUGGUGCGCGAGAUCGCGCAGGACUUCAAGACCGACCUGCGCUUCCAGAGCUCGGCCGUNAUGGCUCUGCAGGAGGCGAGCGAGGCCUACCUUGUGGGUCUGUUUGAGGACACCAACCUGUGCGCCAUCCACGCCAAGCGUGUCACCAUCAUGCCCAAGGACAUCCAGCUGGCCCGCCGCAUCCGUGGCGAGAGGGCUUAAACUAAAGUGCAAACUGGAACCAAAAGGCUCUUUUCAGAGCCACCCA